AUGUCUCUGAGGAUUCAAGUGCCUUAUUCGAUGAAUUGGAAGGACAUUAUAGCUCAUUUCUUGUGUUAUAUAAUCGUUUUCGAGUUAACCCUCGACGAUACGGCAGACUGGUCGUAUCAAAUUUUCGCUUGCACGAAAGUCAAGACGUCCAAACGUGGGAAUACGAGCCUUAAAUUUCCCAGAAAGGAUCCUGUUACUAAACUAACAAUUUGUGUGGAUGUCGAAGCAAAUCCUGGCCCAGAAACAGUUUCACGAAUUGGCAAUUUUGCCAAUAUAAACUCGAGCGUGUCAUCAAGAAUUGAAUACUCUCGGGAAGCCAUGAUGUCCUUAAAUCAUUAUUCAGUCAAACGUUAUUCUGAAUAUAGUGAUUUCCUUGUUUAUAAAUUACAUACAUCUGGUAUUUUAAAGUACAGAG